CGGUCGCCUGACUGAUUCUAUUGGACACACCGUACGUAUCCUUCAACGACGAGGGUGGUUCAGAACCAGACUCCGAACCAGAUCCACAAAUAUAACGCACGUUUGUUGCACGCUCUGGCUCAGCCUCGGGAUAUAUAUAUAUAUAACGAGUUGAUGCAGCCAUCAUGUCCGAGUCCGCUUGGUAUCAAACUCUUCACGUCAUGGUUGGAUAUCUGCAGUGGUUGUCGGUGUACGCGUUGGCUCUGUUGUGGUCAUCUCCAGCUGUGGAAAGCGUGGAGGUCAUUUCGUCAAUCGAGGGUGUUUACAAUUCUUCUCGUACUCCGGCCAAUUUCCCGUGGAAUACCUACAAUUAUUGCAAUGCACCACACGUCAAUGCGAAGCAUUACAUUAUACCACCCGUUCCUGGCGCGAAAUUGGUCUACCUCAAUAUGGUGGUGCGACACCACAAGCGAACCCCCGAUAACCUAUAUCCACAAGAAAAUGAGCUGAAUGCCGUACCUUGGAAUUGUUCCGACCUGCGUCAGUUCAGCUUUGGUGGAGGUACCACUCAAAUAUUCCAUGAGACCGUUACCCCGGAUUGGCACCCAUUUCUAAGCAAGUUUUGGAAUGGUACUUGCGACGAAGGUCAACUUACUCAGGGAGGGCUUGAGGACGCCGUCGCACAUGGGAAGGAUUUCUGGUCUGUAUACGGUCAGAAGCUUCGGCUUCUGCAUUCAGUAAACGAGAAAGAUAUCUUCGUACGAACCUCAACCGCAACGCGAACGUUCCAAGUGGCUGGUGGCAUGUUAACCGGAAUGGAUCCUGCUCUGGCCCGCCAGAGUUUCCCUGUGGUAACUCAGCCAGGCACUAUCGACUCCAUUGUACCAAGCUACUCCUGUCCAAAGGCCGACGCGAUCCGAGAUGCAUUUCAAUCUGUGCCGGCCUGGACAGAUCAUCUCGAGGCCAACGCCUCGUUGAAAGCUAGAUUGGAUGCAACGCUCGGUACAACGGGUUUGGCUGACUGGGCGUCUUGGUAUGAUCACUUCUUUGACACUUUCACGUCGAGAACUUGUCAUAGUCACCCGUUACCUUGUAAUUCAACUGGCGGUUGCGUAGCCGAAGCGGACGCAGCAAAGGUAUUUGCCAUCGGCGAUUUCGAAUAUAACUACAUUUGGAACGCAGCUCAAAAUGCCAGCACUUACAAUCAGUUGACCUUUGGCGUAUUCUUCCAAGAGCUUGUCCAAAAUUUCAAGCUCUUCCGCUCCGGAGAGGAGAAAUUCAAAGCUCGACUCUUUGUUGGGCACGACGGCUCCAUGAUCAGAUUAGCAUCUGGGCUAGGGUUGGGAAAGAUCUCUCCUCUCCGUUGGCCAGCUCUGGGAUCUGAAAUUGUGAUGGAGGCGUGGCAAGAGAAGGAAUCCAAUUUUGUCCGUGUCAUACACGAAGGUACUCCUGUGAAAGGCCUAGAAUGGAUGCCAUUGGAUGACUUCAUCACCCUACUUCAAUCCCAAGUUCCAGCCGACAUCCUUUCGGUUUGUAAUAGUACCUGAUAUCGCCAGCUUGUGUGUAUUAGAGGAGAUACGUAGCCUUCCAGCUAUUGUAGAGGUACAGUUUGUCGGGCGGGCAAGUGAGAUCAAUACGGAUACAGUUCUACCGAUAACCAAAAAUACCACCAUAACUAAAGGCAUCAAAGCAAGAAGACGAAGACGAGGGACGGACGAGUAAGCGUGUAUACCGUAGAUAAGAAAGCGCUUGACGAUCCAGAAUGAAUAAGUCGCCAGAGUCACCAGGACAUGAAGUUUUAUGUCCGCGUUUCCAAUAAGGCGCUCAUAAGAAUUCAGUCGGAUCCCUCCACUCCGCAUCCUCGCAUUCGAACCAUUCUAGCCAUUCCUUCGCGUUAUAUCGAGUUCUAGCUUUGGGCCAUUCUUCGAGUUUUACUUGACCUGAUGCAGGGGCUGCAGGGCGCGUCACU